AUUAGAGGAAGCUCCGAUGUUAAAAAGGUGGAGAGAUAAAACCUUCCCACAACAACCCAAAAUUUUCUGAGUGUCUUGUAAUUUGAGACUAACAACCAGAUAGCUCCCAAGAAUGGCUUCUUCAGACACCUCUUCUUUUCCAGGGAGACGGGAUGUGUUUUUGAGCUUUAGAGGGGAAGAUACCCGCUUCAAUUUUACGGAUCAUCUUUAUUCGGCUUUGAGGACGAAGGGCAUCAACACCUUCAGAGAUGAUGAAGGACUUGAAAGAGGAGGAGAGAUUCAACCUUCACUCUUGGAAGCUAUUGAAGAUUCAAUGAUUUCUGUGGUCGUUUUUUCGGAAAGCUAUGCUUAUUCAAAAUGGUGCUUGGAUGAGCUUGAUAAGAUCAUGCAGUGCAGCAGAGAAAAGGGCCAAAAAGUUCUACCAAUUUUCUACCAUGUGGAUCCGUCUGAUGUGCGGAAUCAAACGGGAAGUUUUGAAGAAGCAUUUGCAAGAUACGGAAACGUCACUGAGGAGAGGGUGCUGUCAUGGAGGGCGGCACUGACCCAAGCCAGCGAUCUGUCUGGAUGGCAUGUGCGGGAUGGGUAUGUUAUAUAACUACUCCAUCUCUUCCGUUUUGAGUUGCUUUUUAUUCAUUGACAACUUAAGUCACAAUUAUGUUUGAUUUUUAAGUGUUGAAAACUGAGUUUGAUGAUAUCGGAUAAGCAUGACCAAAAUUAACUGAGAGUCCG